AUGGAUAAAGCCAAGUCAAUGAUGGACAAGAAGGGGGCGUCGGGGCCCUUUCUAAUGGCUAAUGGACAGAGCCCGAGGGGCUUUCAGAGCUCCGCUGUCGUGAGCGCAAAUGGAGCCUGCAGCAGCGGACUCAGCCACAGCGUGAACGGGGAGAACAUGCACCCUGUGCACCGCGGAGACGAGCCCCCCUGCACCAGCUCUCCGGCCAAGAGGUCCAGACUGCGGAGGAGGACCGAGUCCAUCCGCAGACACAGACCCCCUUUCCCUUGGUUUGGCAUGGACAUUGGUGGCACCCUGGUGAAGCUGGUGUAUUUUGAGCCAGUCGAUAUCACCGCGGAGGAAGAGCAGGAGGAAGUGGAAAACCUCAAGUCGAUUCGCCGCUACCUUACCUCGAAUGUGGCCUACGGUAAGACAGGAGUGCGGGAUGUGCACUUGGAGCUGAGGAACCUGACCAUGUGCGGGCGGACCGGGAACUUGCACUUCAUCCGCUUCCCCACACAGGGCAUGCACCGCUUCAUUGAGAUGGGCAGCGAAAAGAACUUCUCCAGCCUGCACACCACCCUCUGUGCCACAGGCGGGGGAGCUUACAAGUUUGAGAAUGAUUUCCGAUCUAUAGCCGACCUGGAGCUGCUGAAACUGGACGAGCUGGACUGCCUGAUUCGUGGUCUCCUGUUUGUGGAUCAUGUGGGCUUCAACGGUCACCCCGAGUGCUACUAUUUUCAGAACCCCUCAGACACUCAGAACUGUGUGAAGAGGCCCUGCACGUUAGACAACCCUUUCCCCAUGCUGCUGGUCAACAUCGGAUCAGGCGUGUCCAUUCUGGCGGUCUACUCUCAGGAUAACUACAAGCGAGUUACUGGAACAAGUCUUGGAGGUGGCACUUUUCUGGGGCUCUGCUGCUUGCUCACAGGGUGUGAAACAUUUGAAGAAGCCCUGGAAAUGGCCAGCAAGGGGGAUUCCACUAAUGUCGACAAACUGGUUAAAGAUAUAUAUGGAGGAGACUAUGAGCGCUUUGGUCUGCAGGGCUCAGCUGUGGCAUCCAGUUUUGGCCACAUGAUGUGCAAAGAGAAACGGGACAGCAUCAGUAAGGAGGACCUGGCUCGAGCCACACUUGUCACCAUCACCAAUAACAUAGGAUCUAUUGCUCGCAUGUGUGCAGUCAAUGAGAAAAUUGAGCGUGUGGUAUUUGUGGGGAACUUUCUUCGUAUCAACACAGUAUCCACCAAACUGCUAGCCUACGCCAUGGACUUCUGGUCCAAAGGACAGCUACGAGCUCUCUUUCUCGAACAUGAGGGGUAUUUUGGAGCAGUGGGGGCUCUGAUGGAGCUGCUUAAAGCUUCUGAGGAGCUGUGA